CUUGCCUCAUUGUGGUUUUUGUUGUCAUUCUCUAAACACUAAUUAUUUAUUACCAUGCAAGAAGUUCUUUUUCUAGUGUUUCUUUCAUUAACCUCUGUGAUAGCAUAUGAUAAUUGCCCUAAAUGUGGCACUAUGGAUGUGCCUUACCCUCUUAGCACCGGUGAUAGUUGUGGAAACCCCAGCUAUAGGGUUUACUGCAACAAUGGUGUUUUGAACUUCUUAUCAGCAACGGGAUUUUACUACAAAAUCCAAAGUAUAGACCCGAGUGCCUCGAGACUCAUUAUCAGCCCUCCCGUGAUACUAACAAACACUUGCAUGUCUUCUGAUCUAAGUUUAGGGGGCUUGACGAUCGACCAAAACUCCCCAUUCAACAUAUCUUCUCGCAACACAGUAAUGUUAUUGAAUUGCUCGGAGGGUAUUCUUCUUUCCCCUCUGAACUGUUCUUUGAGCAGCCCUUGCAGAGUGUUUGAGAGGGGGGUGGGAGAGGGGAGAGGGUGUGGGGAUACCCUUUGUUGCUCUUACUUGAAAGAUUCAUCUAUGACUUCUCAUAGAAUUAGGGCCAGGGUUGGAGGGUGCAGUGCUUAUACAUCUGUGGUGGAUUUGAAUCCAGGAGAUGUUAACUUUCAUGCAUGGCACUAUGGCAUUGAGCUGCAAUGGAUACCUCUUACCUGAGAUUGCCACUGCUUUUAGCUUCAACUCUGUGGUUGUGUCUUGUUAGCUAAGCUGAAUGUGUUUUGUUGCGAGCUUCAUUUUCUUUUUAAAAUAGUUGUUCUACAUAUUUUGUGUUUGAAUAAAUAACCUUGGGUGAUUGUUUU